AUGAACUGGAUGGUGAGUGCCAAGAAGCGCGUGCUCCAGAGCAAGACAGGGAGGCGGAACCAGCGACAGCUUCAGGGUGCAAGCAGGCCGUGGAUCACGGCAAGUGCUCUUAAAGAACCUCUCGCUCCUACCAGAGGUGUCAGUGUCGUUCACGACGACAAGGCGUCGUCGACAACGCAAGGGUCAUUGGGAAACACAGUCGUGCGGCCAACCAUUCCAACGUACUUUAAGCAGUUUGAGCGCAACACCACUGGAAAGGAUGCAACAGGUCCACCUGAGGCAGUUGCAGCAGCUUCACACGGGGACGAUCAGCGAGACAAUGACCCACCUCGUUGCAUUUUCACGCCUGACCAAUUACGACUCUUCAAAGAUCAGCAAUCCACGGCUCGGAAAAUAUUCGCCCCCAAGCGAGAUGUGCUAUCGCCACCACCAAGCGACCCCUUUUCUGGCCGAGGAACCAGCGUCUCCAACCAUCCUGCGCUUGCCUUUGGCGCCGGUGGGUCGGACUGCAAAUCCAGCUCAGCAACUACUCCAUCGGGAAGUCACUGCUCCAUGCCCGUCGCCGACGUCCAGCCUCCACAACGAGAAAUGACCUGGAGCUACGAAUUGCCCCAAUGUCAACAAUUUUCUGCAGAGACUAGCACAAGCCAUGUCAACAUUGAACGAUCAUCCCAAUGCCCAGUGACCCCGUCGAAUCGAAGCCUCGGGACACGGCGUUCAACGCCUUCCAUAAGCAGUAACCCACAAACUGCAUCGAGCUAUGACUUGCCACCACCCCAUGGACCUGAGUUUGACGUGCCAAGAUGCAACACACCGGCAAAAACUGAAAUCGGCAUCCGAAUCACCAAAGCUGCGUACAUGGUGACCCCAACCACUCCCAAUCCCGAUUUGUCGUCCGAAAAUGGCCACACAGUCGCACAGCUGAGUGUCCACCAAACGAAGGACAACAUUGCUUCGGAAGUGGCCCACGAUACUUGCAAACUAACCACAUCACUCGAAAUCACCUGCCAAGAACCAGGUCCAAUGCCCAGUGCGCUUCUUCCAACGACGUGCAUAACUGUGACUUCGCCAGUUUAUGAAAAGUCUGGUGGAUGUUCCACCGUGGCAGCAGUGCUGGCAAAUGCGGGAUCGACCCUGACUCCAAGUACUCACCCGAAUUCCGCUGCCGACGGUGCCGCGGCCACAAGCCUCGACGUCACUAAACCGUUUCGUUCGCAGUUCUUGCAUGGCCCAUGGAAGAUGCAAAACAGAACACGUCGCAUCCUGGAUAUGGCGUUCUCAUCGUUGGUGGUAGCUCGAAAAUCGUUUGUCGACCAUGCCGAUAAACCCGACGACAACUACGAGUCUCUCUCCACCAUAUUGUGGACGAUGGUGCAAUGCCACGAAUUGGGCUAAGCGUCACCAACGGCAACGAAUGUUCCAAACUACGAUUGACUAACCUCGC